AUGGCGACGGCAGGAGGAGCCGCUGCAGCCAGCGGCGAGGACAAGAGCAACGGGGGCAAGAUCCCAGCACCCGUCUUCGAUGGCACGAGCAAGACCAUGAAGAAGUACCGCCGAGAGGUCGCCACCUGGCAGAUCGGGACCGAGCCCAAGCCGCCCAAGCAGGGAGCGACCUUGCUGGCCAGCCUGAAGGGCAAGGCCGAGGAGGCGUGCGAGGAGCUCGAACUCGACUCCAUCAAGGGCGACGACUCGGUGGAGGCGUUCCUGGAGUACCUCGGGAAGCGCUUUCCCGAGAUCGAGGUGCUGGAGACUCCAGCGCUGCUGGAGACCUUCGUGCGCCCAGCCUGCGUCCGGCACAAGUACGAGGAGAUCCGCGACUACAACAACCGCUUCAACGGGAUCGCCACCAAGCUGAAGGCCAAGGGCAUCCAGGUGCCCGACGAGGUCCUGGCGGACCUGUACAUCAAGGGGGCCCGCCUGCCCCCGGAGCGCGCGGCGAGCGUGCUCAACGGUGUGGGCAAAAAGUUUAACCCCACUAAGAUCCAGGAGCAAGUGAUGAUCAACUUGCCCAAGGUAUCGGUCGUGGACGGCCACAAGGACAGCCACGACAAAGGAGGCUACGGAGGUCACAAGCACAAGGACCACAAGAGGGCGUACGCCACGGAGACCUACGAGGAGGAUCGCAGGGCCGAGUUCGACGGCGCGUCCUCAGACAGCUCCGACGACUACGAGGACGAGCUGCCCGACGAGCUGCAGGACGCGAUCGACGAGGCGGAGGGGCAGGUAGCCUUCUUCACCAAGAAGACGGUGCGCGCCAAGGACAAGCUGAAGGAGGCAAAGCAGGCGCGCGGCUACUUCGCCAAGCGCGACGGCGGCAACCCGCCGAAGAGAGACGAUCCCAAGAUCGCCAAGAUGAAGGCAAGGACACACUGCGGCGCAUGUGGCCGGAAGGGCCAUCGGCGCAGUGACCCGCAGUGCCCGAAGAAGAACGACCCGAACGCCAAGGUCGACAUCCCGAGGAAGGGAAGCAACAGGACGACCAUCGCCACGAACGAGACCAGCGACGCGCAGGAGCCUCACGUGGCGGAGAUGACGGUCGCGGCGGUCUACCAGCAGGACCAGCGGUCCGCGGCUCGCGACAAGAAGUACGGCGCGCUGCGCAGCAUCGACUGGACGCAGAUGCGCCAGGCCGCCGGGCUACCCGAAGAAGUUACGGCAGCGGCGUUCUUCAUCAAUAAGGACCACCAGUGCCUGAUGGCCGCGACGAGCUCGGCGCUUAUCUACCUCAACGUCGAGGACCUGCUGAAAGAGUCGGGGGGCAAACUGACCAUCGACACGGCCUGUACGCGGUGCGUCGGCGGCCUCGACUGGUACAGCGACAUCAAGAAGAGGCUGGCCGCCUUCAACAUCCAGCCCAUCGAGUACCCCGAGAAGGAGCCGUUCCGAUUCGGGGCGUCCAAGGUGGUGUUCAGCCUCAAGGCGGCGCUGAUCCCCUGUUCGGUGAACGGCAAGGCCUUCCACCGCCUGUUCAGCCGCAAGGCCCAGAGCGAGCUGGACACAGUCUACCACGCCGGAGACAACAAGCUGGACAUCAAAUCGAUCGACGAGCACGACAUUCAGAUGGGGCUGAGCCGCGCCGGACACCCGGCGCUGGACAUCACAAACUUUACGCCGGGCUGCAAGCCCGUUUCGGACGUCUCGGAUACCAAGGCCGAGGUUCGUCUCUACCCUUGCGCUUCUUACCACGCUGAGACAGCUGUGGCCAGCGCCGCCAAGCCGGCGGUGCCCGAGGCUCGCCACCAAGGGGUCGCCUCGGAGACCGACGAGUCUCAGUCGGACACUGACUGCGACGCGCUCGAUAGCGCCGAACUGUUCGAGCAGCAGGUGCGCAAGGCCAUGAGCGCAUACAUUCCAUCACGUCAAUCGUCGUCGGGAUCGGAAGACGAGGCCUAG